AUGAAUGAUAGUAAAGGCAAUAAAAACAAUAAAACUGUCGAUAUUAUAACGAUAUUAUUGAUCGGAGGUACAGGAGGUGGAAAAUCGACUUUGGCAAAUGUAAUCAGCGGUUCGAAUGAUUUUGAUGUAGGCCAUCGCUCAGUUAGUUCGACCAAAGAUACUAAUGUUCACAAUUAUGCAAUUGAUGGAAAUGUAUACAAGAUGGUUGAUACUGUAGGAAUUGGAGACACUAAAACGUCAUCAAAAGAAAUAAUUAACAAAUUGGUUAUGGCUGCUGAAGCUAUUAAAUAUGGAAUAAACCAGAUUUUGUUUGUUACUAAUGGAAGGUUUACUGAUCUAGAAAUUGAAUGUUUUGAAAUAUUACAAUCAGCCGCUUUUGAUAAAAAUAUUUUUGAGUAUACAACUAUUGUCAGGACAAAUUUUUCUGAUUUUGACGACGAUGCCAAAUGUGAAAAGGAUUACCAAGAUAUGGCUUCUGGAAAUGAUGACAUUUCUGAAUUUGUUAAAUCAUGUAAAAAGGUCAUUCAUGUAGAUAAUCCACCAAUAACACGUCGUAUUAGUCAAGGUGCAGAAGAGACCCGAGAAGAAUCAAGAAAAAGAUUACUGGCCUAUUUAAACGCUUGUACAAAAGUUUAUAUUCCAGAAAAGUUACAAGAAAUUGUGAAUGAAAAAUUAAAAGGUUUUAUGACGCAUAAAGAAAAAUUACAGAAUGAAAUAAAUGACCUGAGACAAAAAUUGAAUGAAGCAAGUGAGCAGCGACAAAGACAAGAACGAAAUCAACGACGAGUAGCGGAUGAACAACGAAAACUUGAGGAAAGAAUUAAGAAGUUAGAAGGAGGGUGCAUAAUUUUAUAA